AUGUGCAAGGGCUCUCGUGUGAACAAUCCUUUGCAGAGCACGAUUUUGGCCUGGGAGAGCUUGUGGCUGGUCAUUUCGGAGUCCACCCGCGGUGGAACGAGUAGGUUUUAUCACAUUCACCGCUUGGGUCACUUGCCCACGGUCUACGAGCAUGCGCAUCGCGCAGGGUUUCCGGAGGAGUUCUUCUUUCUGCUGCUGGACAUUCUGAUGCUCCGCUCGGGGGUGCCGGUGCCCUGCAUGACUUAUCGGCUUCUGAAGCACCAGCUCGCGAACAAGGACGCGCACCAGCGAAGGGAGGGGCCCUAUGAGGAAGAGCAAUACCAUCAGGAUCAUCACUUGCAUCACCGGGCCAACUAUGGCUUCAAUCGGCCCAUGUUGGACAUGAUCUUCAACACCUAUAAGCGGACGGAGAAGGAGUGGUUGGACGUGAAUCACGCCAGGCCAGGGCGGGUCACCGCCCGUCAUCGGACGUUGGCCACGCGCCCGAGAAGCAGUUCCGCCGUAGGGCGAUCAUAG